AUGUUCUGGCGUCUUGGAUUUGCCCAUGUCUCACCCAUAGAUACCUUACUGGAACGAGAAGACAUAACUCUUGAAGAGCUUCUACGAGAAGAAGACUUGGUCCAAGAGUGCAAACAGUUCAACAACAAAUUGAUAGAGUUCAUAUCUACACCCGAAAGGAUCGAAGUCUUGAUAAACUAUGUGGUUCAAGACGCUGAAGAGGGGUCAGAUGAAAACGUGAAGUAUCUCUACCCUUACAAGGCCAGCGAGGUGCUGAGCUCAGAUGUCGCGCCAAUCUAUGACUGUAUGUUUGAAAACGAACAUCUCCUCAACCUAUUGUUUCAAUUUCUUGAGCGAGAUCCGCCACUUGAUCCCCUCCUAGCUGGUUAUUUCGGAAAGAUUGUUUCAACUUUCGUAUCAAGACGACCCUAUGAGACCUUGACAAUUCUGGGUCAGCGUAACAUUUUGCCUUUGCUCUUAAAGCACAUAAAUGCAUUUUCAAUCCUGGAAUUGCUUUUGAAGAUUAUCGCCGAAGCAGAAGACAGUGUAGAUACCAAUCUCGAUUGGUUGUACAAUCAAGAUCUGAUCGGACAACUCAUUUCUAAGUUGGAUCCUUCAUAUGAUACCGAGGUCCAUGCAAAUGUAGCAGCAGCAUUAACAGGUUUUAUCUCUCAACAACAGCAUAUUUCGUGGUCUACUUCGCUUUCUGGAAAUCGUUUCGUGGCGUCUCUAUUAUCUGAGCAAUCUGUGAAGAAACUUGUUGACAAGAUGUUGAAUGGCUCUGCAUCCACCUUGGAUCAUGGCUUAUCAGUCCUGGUUGAGAUGAUUCUGAGGAAUCCUCCACACAUGGCUCCGAUAAUCAACAGCUCAGGUACUCUGGAUCCUCCUUUGGGCUCGUUUCGCCUGAAGAUCCUUGAAAUGAUAUAUGCAUUGGUGCAGCUGAAAGAGGAAGAGAUUAAUAUGAAGCUUGUCUCGCUCAACGUAAUUUCAAGCUGUUUGGAUCUUUUUCUCAAAUACGAAUGGCACAACUUUUUGCAUAAUUUGGUUAGGAGAAUUUUGGAGACAAUAAUCAUCUCCAAUCAUGACAAGAUAAAACAGUCACUAUUUGAAGAUUCGAAGAUCCUUGAUAGAAUUAUGGAAGCUCAUGUCAAGAACGACGAAGCGCUCAAACAGCCCAAGAGCACAAGGAAGGGUUACAUGGGACAUCUCAGGCUGAUUUCAAAUCUCAUAGUCGAGAAGUCUGCUUGCGACUCGUCGAUCAGCAGCUACACAAAGAGAGAAGACUGGCAGACUUUCGUUCAGGGUGAACUUGCAAAGCUCAACGGCAUUAACGACAAACGCAAGCUGGCGAGUGCGAACUUACAUGAGAGCAUGCAGCACAGCGACGACGAGGAUGUUUUUGAGCAGGAAUUCUCCUCAAUGGAGUUCCGCUCAUCGGAGGCAGCCGUGCUCUUUGACGAGAGCGACGAGCUGUUCACCGAGGAGGACAAAGCACAUCAGGAGACGGAAGAUCAUUCGCUGCCGGACAGCUGGGAGGAGACAGACCAAGACGUGACUUCGGCAACCGAGGGGAUCUCACAGCUGAAAGUGAAUCAUGAUAGCCUCGGAGCCCAAGUGCCGGAGGAACCAGCAGAACCUGUCGAGGACUACAACGACAUCAACUACUGGAAGCCAAGCUUGAACUGGUUCGACCCGAGCAACGGAUGA